AUGACACAAUCAACUCAGACUGCAACCACUCCAAUGGCAAAACCCACAAUAGAAACCUCUCCUAUUAGUCUGCCCACCUCAACCACCACAAAAUCAACACCAAGUAGUACACCCAUCUCAACAAGCAUAUCCUCCUCGAGCCCGAUCACACUGACCACUUCUACAACCCGCACAUCUCUCCCACCCACUUCCAAAGUUAUUUCAACAAUAAUUCCCAUUUCCCCCAGUAGCCACGCCAUCCCGCCUACAACUAUCACUCCCACCACCUCAAUGCCCAGCAGCCCUACUGGGUCCACCCAACCUACAAGCACCCGAACCACUAGUAUGCAGCCUCCCACAACCUCAAUGGCGACAGCAAUAAAGAGUACCAGUGCCCAGGCAAACAUCUUUAGGGGUAUCCUUAUGACUACAGAUUCCAAUCCCACAAUGCACUGCUACUACCUCUAUUUCCUCUCUCUUGCAGCUUCAACACAUGAAAUGUCAACAAGCCAUAGGACCCCAACAUUUUCAUCCAUCUCGCCCUCUUCUACUUUGAGGACCACGGAAUCAACUCAGACUGCAACCACUCCAAUGCCAAAAACCACAACAGAAACCUCUCCUGUUACUCCACCCACCUCAAGCUCCACAAAAUCAACACCAAGUAGUACACCCAUCUCGACAACCAUAUCCUCCACGAGCCCGAUCACACUGACCACCUCUACGACCCGCACAUCUCUCCCACCCACUUCCAAAGUUAUUUCAACAAUAAUUCCCAUUUCCCCCAGUAGCCACGCCAUCCCGCCUACAACUAUCACUCCCACCACCUCAAUGCCCAGCAGCCCUACUGGGUCCACCCAACCUACAAGCACCCGAACCACUAGUAUGCAGCCUCCCACAACCUCAAUGGCGACAGCAAUAAAGAGUACCAGUGGUAAGUUGAAAUGUUUGGUUUGGCAACUCUGUCAACUCUACUGCUCUGAUGUGGCCCUUCGGACCUCACAAAUGCUCUGCCUCCAGCCUCUCUUUUGAGGCACGAUAUAAUUGUUCACAGAGCAAUGAUACACCCACAUUCCUGGGUUGGUCAGCUACUUCUUAGUAACCUUCUCUUCAUA